AUGGGUAUCGAAGGGAAAGAUGAAAGCAUGAUUUCGGAAGCCCCAUCGCCUUUACGGACGCCUUGCAGAAAAUUUCACGCUGAGGUCAGUAAUUCGCACAUCUCAGACAGGAGAACACCACGGGCGAGCUUGAAAAGAAAGCGCAUGGAAGAAGACGGUGGUGCUCGGAAGAAAUUUUUGGAAAUAGCAGAAAAACAGGCAGAUGCACUAAAGAUGCUAGCCCAGUCGAGUGUAGAAACCGUAGAAGUCGCGAAACAACAAGCAGAUGCUUUAAAGAUCUUAGCCGAAAGCAGCUCUGCAAGUGCCCAAGCGAAUAAAAUGAUGGCGGAGGCAAUAGCCGUAUUGGGGAAUGGUUUAAGCGCUACCGCGGAAACAUUCAACAAUCUAACGCCAAUCAUAAGCCAAAUACUCAAAGGACAUACUCGCUCCAAAUUUUCGGCAGAAGAAAUCGAAGAAAUGCUAGAAGAAAGUGAUAGUGAUUGGGAUUUCAGCGAUAGUGAUGAAUAUUUACUACAUGAAAGUGACGAAGAUAGCUCAAACACCUCUGGAAGAUAG